AUGUCCACCACGGCGUCCUCCAGCGCGUCAUCCGCAACGCAGACGGGCAAUAUCGGCGGCGCCUCGCAGCCCCCGAGCGGCCAGCUACCGUUCAGCUUUCUCAUGACAUUCAUCGCCGUGUUCCUCUUCAUCGUCGGGUGCGGCUUUGGGACGCGUCGGCUGUCGAUCGAGCUGCGGCGCACAAUAGGGCACGCGACGGGCCGGUGCAGCGCUCUACCUCCGACGCCAGAGCUGUGGGACAUCGUUCCGCGGACAUGCCACGAAGCCAUGGGCAAGUUCUGCGAAUUUCUGCCACUCUCCGUCUCAUAUGUCCGCGAGGAGAAAUGUGACCCGUCGGAGCCGUCAACAUCGCCAAUACCGCAGAUUCACUUCCCGGAGGUCCCGACGGGGCUGCGAAUAUUGGAAUUCGUCCCCUUCGUGUCGCUAUUCAUCGCCUAUCGUACGCUACGCCGGAUGCGGGAGGUACAAGCCGCUGCGGCCGCCGGAACAUUCAAUCACUCUUCUACGGUGCCAGAGAUUCCAUCUCCACCGGUCCGCGCGGUGAAGGUCGCCGUGCUUGUAGCCAUGCCUUCUCCACGCCGCCCAAAUUACCGACAUUCAUACAACAGCAGCUACUCGAAAGAUGCCGCGGACUACGCAAUACCGUCACUGACGUACUCUUCACGCCCUACCGGGGUCGGCGAGGAGCGGCGGAAAAGCAGCCUGAGCACAGGCAAGGAGCGCGAUAGCGGAUACCCUGAGAGCGUGUCGGACGAGGACGCGGCGUCAAGGGAGCUCGUAUUAGGCGUGGUACAGGUUCCAUGGGACACGGGUGAGGUAGAACUCUCAUGA